GCUGUAUUUUAGGCUCAUGACAAAUGGAAGUGUAAUUUUUCAAAUCUUAAGAAAUCUCUGACACACUCUCCCCCCUCUCUUUUAAUGUCAGCAACCCCAAGUGACUGAGAUCAAUGAAAAGCUGCAGAUGGAAAUUAUUGAAAAAAUCAAUAAUCUUAGGAGGGAGGUGAUACCUUCUGCCAGCAACAUGCUGAAAAUGAUGUGACCUGCAGUGAGACUCUGUCGCAAACAGAGACCGCCAUGCCCUGGGGAGCCAUGAUCGAGGCCUGGGCCAGCGCACAGAAGUACUUCAUAUUUGGCAGUUUGCCAGCUGAUGCGGAAGGAAGCAUUCUUAGCUAUACUCAGCUCAUUUCGUACAGUUCACAUGAAGUUGGAUGUGCGCUUGUUCACUGCCCAGAAAGUGCCUCCCCUUAUUUCUACCUGUGCCAUUUCUGCCCUGGCGGGAACAUAAUCGGCAAACUAGCAGAACCCUACAAAGAAGGCCCAUCGUGCGAAGCGUGCCCUGGCAACUGUGAGGAUAAACUGUGCACGAACCCAUGAAGGCAUGUUGAUUUUUACGACCGCUGUAAGGAAAUGCUAAAACACUUCAACUGUAGUGCGGGAAUAUUGGCUGAAUAUUGCCAAGCUGGUUGUCACUGCCAGACAGAAAUUAUUUAACAUGUACACAUGAGUACCACAAGGUUAAUUUUCAGAGGGUCAUUCUUUCAUUCUUCACCGAAAAGCAUGGAAACUCAGCAUUAAAAAGAAACUCUCCCCUCUAAAACUGGUGCAUUUGCAUGCUAUUGAUUUUUUUAAAAGAGCAUUUGCAAGAAUUGUUUGCAAAAAAAGUGACAGAAAUAUGUCAGCCUCUGUGUUCACUUUGGGUUUAGUUUUAUUUUAUUUUUUAAAAAAACUAUUAUGUUUUAGAGAAUGCUUCGAAUACUUCAAAGCUAAAUGUUUAAAUAUUGC